GCUAACUUGAAGUCCGACCGCGUGCAGCUCCUUUCGGCUUGCAUCUCAUUGGCCGGGCUCAAAACAGCGAGCUCUACUCGGGACAGAAACUCAAGACCAGAUCCGCGGCGAUCCCAUGAUGUCACGAGCAACACUCGCACAUCCUCCAUCAGCAAACGCAACUCCAGACAUCCCCGUAUGACCGCGACGAUCGCCGCUGUCGCACCCGCUCUGACGGCUGUCCUCUUGAAAGAUGCUCAGCAGGGCAACGGCCUCAUGGACAUCACAUUGCAUGCAUCCACUCUCUUGGGGGGUUUUCGGACGAUCUAGAUGUGCAGCGUGCAACCUCGAGCUAUUUAUAGCUCGGGCGUGUCUGGGCGCCGUGUCUCGGAAUCCGUGCUGCCGUCUGAUCUUCGCCUUCACGAAUUCCUUCCGGACUGGCGUCGGACGUGAGCGGCUUUGAAAUCGAUUUCAGCCUCCGAGAUUCCGA